GGGAAGGCGUAUGAGGAGAAGCAAGCAGUAAAGCCAGCUAGUAAGACUCCGGAAUAAGAACUGUUGGGUGCACGUGUAGGAGUGCCAUUGGACCUAAGAGGACUUUCGGAGCUCACAGCUUUUACUUGGAUGGUAUGGUGCGGGUGUCGGCCAUUGACAAACGCUAGCGCCGAGACGGAUCUCAGACUUCAUCAAAUGGACUGUCAACAAGCUGCCCGGAAAGUAGUAGUCCAAAGUGGUGUUCCUACUGCGGCAGGAAUGGCUGCUUGCAAAGGGAAGCUGGAACAGCACACAGAACGGAGAGGAGUUAUCUAUAGCCCAUCAUGGCCCUUGAAUUAUCCCACAGGUCUGAAUUGUAGCUGGUACAUCCAAGGAGACCAUGGUGAUGUGAUUACGAUCAGUUUCAGGAACUUUGAUUUACAAGAGUCUCAUCAGUGCACAUUGGAUUGGCUUCUGAUAGGUCCUGCAUCAAAGAAAGAAGAGUUCCGGAUUUGUGGCUCAAUUGUCCCCCCUCCUUUCAUCUCAUCUCGAGAUCAUGUUUGGAUAUUCUUUCACUCUGAUGCCUCAAACACUGAACAGGCUCAGGGUUUCAGGCUGUCCUACAUCCGAGGGAAACUUGGCCAAAGCAGCUGCCAGAUAGAUGAAUUCUUAUGUGGAAAUGGAAAGUGUAUUCCCGCAACUUGGAAAUGCAAUGUGAUGGAUGAAUGUGGUGAUAACACAGAUGAAAAAAAUUGUGCACCACCACCUACAGAAUCUCAGACUACCAUGUGCCCUUCAGAGACAUUCCAGUGUAAAGACACUCACUCUACACAGUGUUUAUCAAACACACUACGUUGCAACUCUGUUAAAGACUGCAGUGAUGGCUCAGAUGAACAGAACUGCCCAGACACCUCCUGUGGGAAACAGCUUGGAAAUUUCUAUGGUUCUUUUGCCUCUCCAGACUUCUUCAGAUCCAAUCACAAUGUGUCUAACAUGCUGUGCCUAUGGUUUAUAGAUACUCAGGAUCAACGCCAUAUUAUUCUGCAGCUGGACCUUCAGCUAGGUUUUAAUGAUUAUGUAAGAGUGUAUGAUGGCUUAGGGGAACAGAGAGAAAAACUGUUGCAGAGUCUAUCCUAUCACAACAACAAGCAUUCAGUAAGCAUUGAAUCUUCUAAGGGGCAACUUACUGUCAUGUAUCAUGCUAAACCCAAAAGCGUAGGUCAUGGAUUCAAUGCAACAUAUCAGGUUAAAGGCUACUGCUUUCCUUGGGAGCACCCCUGUGGCAGUGAUGAGGGCUGCUAUGCAGAUAAUCAGCAUUGUGAUGGUUGGUGGCAUUGCCCAAAUGGGAAAGAUGAGGAAAACUGCCCAGCCUGUCAGGCAGAUGAGUAUCCUUGUGAAGGAAACAGUGGGAUGUGCUAUACCUAUUUUGAUCGUUGCAAUAACCAAAAGAACUGCCUUGAAGGCUCUGAUGAAAAAAACUGCUUUACAUGUCAGCCAGGCAAUUUUCACUGUGGUACAAACAUGUGCAUAUUUGAAACAUGGCGAUGUGAUGGUCAAGAAGAUUGCCCGGAUGGCAGUGAUGAACAAAACUGCCUGGCAGUUGUACCAAGGAAAGUGAUUACUGCAGCUCUCAUUGGGAGUCUAAUAUGUGGCCUUUUGCUAGUAAUAGCUCUUGGGUGCGCCUUCAAACUUUACUCUCUGAGGACAAGGGAAUACAGGGCAUUUGAAACGCAAAUGACCCGAUUAGAGGCAGAGUUUGUAAGAAGAGAAGCUCCUCCUUCAUAUGGUCAGCUGAUUGCCCAAGGCCUUAUUCCCCCAGUUGAAGACUUUCCUGUUUAUAACUCCCCUCAGGCAUCGGUUUUACAGAAUAUCAGGACAGCAAUGAGGCGUCAGAUCAGGCGGCACACUUCAAGAAGAGCUUCUUCCCGCAGACAUCUAGGACGACUAUGGAGCAGACUGUUUCACAGAGGGACAAGGAUCUGUGGGCAAAUCCCAUUGCUGACCACACCUAGUUCCUCACAUACUUCUCUCAGUGGUGGGAUCCAUAGCUACCAGGCAGUUAGUGAAAGACAAGCCACUCCAUCAGCGACAAAUACAGGACAGAUCAUUGAGACUGGAAUUCUUCAGCUUGAUUCUGUGACUUUUAAUGGCCCUUACCAAUCUUCAGAUUGUUCAUCUCAUUGUUACAUAGAAAGCCAAGAAGAUUUACAAGUAUCCCUAGAGAACCAUACAGUGCAUGUAGGACAAGGGCCCACUGUUGUCUGUAAUGACAAUGAUAUACAGUCUCAUAGUAUAAAUAGUCCUGAAUGUGAAGCUGAAUUAGGAUGCAUUAGCUUAGAUUCACAGGUAGACACCCAACGAGCCAAAAGAAAUUGUGACUUAAAUAAACGCAAAUUCUCCAAGAAAGAAGUACAGGGACUUGCUGCUGAUUUGAGAGGUGUGGAAUUACGACGCUCUCCAAGCUGUAUAAGAACUCAAGGCCUUGAGUAUUCUGCUGAUGAACAGGAGAGUUGUUUUGCAAAGAAUCAAAAGCAUGAUGAUCAUCUUGAAAUCCCAGUUGUAAAUCAAACUGUAUUUUCUUCAGCUGUGCCAAUAGAAGCCACUACUCUUCACUGCUCUUCAAACCAAGAAUCAAGUGAUGAUGAUGAUGAAUCAUUGCUUGACUGCUGAUGUUACAGCAUACACAGCAGUUUGUGUCAUGAAUAGGCUUAGCCAUUCCAGUUUAAGUAGCCAUCUAGUAUUUGCUUAAUUGUUAAUAUUACUACAGGUGUUUUGCUUUGAUAUCAAAACCAGUUCUAUCAUAAAAUUUUGAUCACCGUUUUGCUUUAGAUUUAUAGUUUAAAGGCCCUUGCAGGUCGAAUCUGCUUUGCUACUGUAUAUUGAUUGAUUCAUUUAUUUUUCAAACCCACACAAUCUUAAAGAGGGUGUCAUGGGCUAGAGCUGGGCAACCUUACUUAUCUUCUGAUUGUGUGUGUGUG